CCCUUUGGUGGGGGAAUCCCCUCUGGAGCUGUGCAAAGCAGUGUUCCACCCUGGGCAGGGGCACAAAUGGGCUUUGGUAAGGCUGAGCACCCUGGCCCUGGGUCCAGAUGCUCCUUCCCUGCCACCAGCCUCGGUGCCCUGGUCACCACCUCUGCUUGGCAGUGGUGUGGUGCUGCAGGGGUCAAUCUCCAUGGCCAAGCACAGCCUCCUUAUCUUGCUGCUUUCCAAGCUGGUGGUGACAGCUGGCACAGGCAGAUAAAGGUACAAGUGCUGCCAAGCAGUAAAUCAUGGCUGCUGCUCUACCAGCCCGGCCUUGACUGCCUCAGCUGGGCAGUGGCAGUGAGAGGAGUGAGAAAAGAGCUUUGCUUGCCUUGUUUUCCCCUCACAGAGCUUCCUGCCUCUGCCAGCUCACCCCUUGUAGACUCUUUCCAUGACUUUUGUCUUUACUAGUCCCCUGGGAGGAAGGGACACAGCCCUGGGGGCUCUGUGUGUAAUUUUGCAUCAGGAUGCCAGCUGAAGUGGUGCAGGAAGGGACAGCUCUGCCCCUCUGGUUGCCUUUGCUCUCCCUCCUUGCGUGUGGCUCUCCAGUACUGGUUUUAGGGCUGGACAGGGAUCAGCUCCAGCACUUUCCUUGGGUCACAGAGUGACUCUAGGCCCCCAAUACCAUUUGCCAGUGUGGGCAGGGCCCAAGCAAUGCCAGGCUCAGCCUGGUGUUCCUGUCCCAGCACGUCCCAUCUCCAUCUUCUUUCCAAUGGCAAGAAGGCAGCUUCCAGAUUUCUCCUGCUCUUUGGUGCCAGCAGCACGGCACAGCAGCCACAACCCCAUCCACCUGUGGACAGCAUAUGGAGGAGCAGGGUCUGCCUCUUGGCACCAUGGCCACCUCAGCAGGCUGGGACAGGGCUGCCUAACUCCCUGUUUGUCCCUGAACCACAGGUUGGAGUGCCAGACGAGAGGGGCUCUGUGUCUCUGCUCCCCGCCCGGGGCCUGCCCUGCCCUCCGCCGGCGAUGGAGUAUGUGAGGUUCAGCAUUGGACAGAGGGGGUCUCCUGCCCAGGGUCAGGAUAUGAACAAGCUGAGCUGUGGGAAGAAGACGCGGGUGGAAGGCGGCCAGCUGGGGGGUGAUGAGUGGACGCGCCACGGCAGCUUUGUCAAUAAACCCACCCGUGGCUGGCUGCAUCCAGAUGACAAGGUCAUGGGCUCUGGGGUCUCCUACCAUGUCCGGUACAUGGGCUGUGUGGAAGUGCUCCAGUCCAUGAGGGCUCUGGAUUUCAACACCAGGACACAGGUGACCAGGGAGGCCAUUGGGCUGGUAUGCGAGGCUGUGCCUGGUGCCAAGGGAGCCGUGAGGAGGAGGAAGCCCUGCAGCCGCUCCCUGAACUCCAUCCUGGGCAAGAGCAACCUGAAGUUUGCAGGCAUGCCCAUCACCCUGACCAUCUCCACCAGCAGCCUCAACCUCAUGGCCUCAGACUGCAAGCAGAUCAUCGCCAACCACCACAUGCAGUCGAUUUCCUUCGCAUCAGGGGGAGACCCGGACACAGCUGAAUACGUUGCCUACGUUGCCAAAGACCCCGUCAAUCAGAGAGCCUGUCAUAUCCUGGAGUGUCCUGAAGGCUUGGCCCAGGAUGUGAUCAGCACCAUCGGGCAGGCCUUCGAGCUGCGCUUCAAGCAGUACCUGAAGAACCCUCCAAAGCUGGUGACACCCCACGACAGGAUGGCAGGGUUUGAUGGCUCUGCCUGGGAUGAAGAAGAGGAGGAACCAGCUCCAGAUCACCAGUACUACAACGACUUCCCUGGCAAGGAGCCUCCCAUUGGGGGGGUCGUGGACAUGCGGCUGCAGGAUGGGGCUGCUCAGACCCCGAAUCACUUGGGUGCCACGCUGCCUGUUGGCCAAUCCGGUGGGGAGUUUGACCCGCAGAAGCAGCACGCUCCUGCCCAAGCAGGGAGAGAGAAGUACCCGGCUCCAGCAGGCACAGCUGGGCGCACAGACCUCUUUGAUGACCCGUCCUACGUCAACGUGCAGAACAUAGACAAGACAAGACAAGCUCCAGCUGCCAGCAGCCCUGCCACAGCCAACGGCAGCACACAGAGGGACCUCUUUGACAUGAAGCCCUUUGAAGAUGCCCUGCGUGUGCCCCCCUCUGUGCCUGUGGGGCUGCCCCCUGCCCAGGUUGUGGCCUCCAUGGAGGAGCAGCUGAGGAGGGAGCCCUGGUACCAUGGCAAAAUGAGCCGCAAGGAGGCCGAGAAGCUGCUGAAGGUCAACGGGGACUUCCUGGUGAGGGAGAGCACCACCACCCCGGGCCAGUAUGUGCUGACUGGCUUGCAGGGUGGGCAGCCCAAGCAUCUGCUGCUCGUGGAUCCCGAGGGAGUGGUGAGGACAAAAGAUCAUCGCUUUGAGAGCGUCAGCCACCUCAUCAGCUACCACAUGGACAAUCACCUGCCCAUCAUCUCAGCCGGCAGUGAGAUGUGCCUGCAGCAGCCCGUGGAGAGGAGACUGUGAGCGCCCGGGGACCCCAGCGCACGGCACCCCCAAAGCGCAGCCCUCCGGCCGUGUUCCGUGCCCCAGGGAGCCCUCAGACUCUGCAGGUGCUCCACCCAGGACUGAGCAUGGACUUGCCUGAGGACAGGGCCUCUCUCCUUUCACCACGUGGAGCUGGUGGCCUUGGGGGGCUCAGGCUGUGAGUGCCUGCAGGGUAGGGAACCGUUCUUGCAAAGCCUCUCCAGCUCCAGCCUUUGCAGAGCAGCUCAGCUCCUACCAAAAUCCAGCCCUGCUGCUGUGCCACAGCCGUUCUUGUGCUCACCAGCACGGGCUCAGGACUGGCAGGGCUGAGCCCCCCUGAGCCAGAGGCAGCCUGUCCUUAUCUCUGGCCCCUGGGCCCAAGGAGGGUGCCCGUGGGGGGCUCUGCUCCCCCAAGCACGAGGCCCUCGACUGUACCGGAUCACUUUACGUGUUAACUCUGUGCCUUGACCCCGCAGGUCCCACACUCUUAUGCAAGGGCAGGGGCUGGUUACAGAGCCUCCCCCGUGCUCCCAGCACCCUGUACCCCCUCCGUGACAUGCUUGUGCUCCAGGACACGUUGCCACCAUGUCCCCUUCCCUCCCUGCCCAUCCCGGCUGGGCAAGGGCAGCUCCGGGCAGCCCCGGGGGGUUGGCGGGAGGACCCCCCUGCAUGCACAGUGUAACUCCCCCAAGCCAAAGCGCAGCCUCGCAGCCCCUGCCCCACUAUACCAAAGGAACUGGCGGUUGUAUUAAAGUUGGUAUUUCUCUA